GCUGCCGCACCCCAUUUUGCUCCAUCUUCCAUGCUCCUUCCGAGCCCGGCAGACCUCAUUGCUAACGGCAUUGGGAGCGUAGUCGCCCGCCUCGGCCGCCAGAUCUUGUCUGAGGCAUGCAAGUCCAGUUGGCAGCCGGGACGCAGCCCACAUCACGUCAGUAUGGCCAUGUGGACCAUCCAGUGUCUUAGAUGGCCAGAUGCGGCCGAUGCGCCUGCGAGUGCCGUCAUCCACCUAGCGCCCACGUGCGGCCAGCGCAUCAUCAAGCGCAAACCACGACGCUGCAGGGGCCCGGCAUAUCGGCCCUGGCGUGAUUCUGACGUGAGCGGCCGUCACUGAAUAUUGUACUUGUCAGUUGAGCGCUGCGACUAGUAGCACCUCGGAUACCGCGCCGGGAGAGGCGGUCGGCGUACCACCGCAUACACGGGUAACGGCACGCGGCACACGGCACACGGCACACAGCACACAGACAGUACACGGCCGUGUUCCUCGGCCUCAUGUUGAUCAGCGGGUAGAAUGCGGUGCUACCACAUGUGUGGCAGCCAUCAAAAUAGGCAUAUACAUGUACACGGGAUCACAG